AUGCCACUUGCCUUUGAUUGUGAAAGCCCGGCCAAUCAAUUAGGAGCUUUAAGCCCUGACUCGACUCGGGACGAACAGAACCCACAGCUCCUUGGGAUCGUGAUUGACAAGCAGGAAGGACAUUGUGCCAUCUGCCUGGAGAAUGUCGAUCUCGUGGCGGAUUCUUCAAAAAUACACCAUUGUACGAUCUGCAAGCAACCUUUUCACCUGUACUGUUCCGGUCCAUGGCUCAAGCUACACGGUAGGUGCGCCCACUGCCAGGGCGCAGAUGCAAGAGCAAAAGAAGUGGGCUAUGUCGAGCCUAGCCCCGAAACAAGUCAACCAUCUCUGACUGAACUCCAGCACUCAAGAAGAUUAUUCAACCAAGGAAGGACAGUUGUAGCCCAAAGUACAUCCGGUCCACCUACGCCCUGUGAAGGCAUGCUUACUGUCUCGGUUGUCUUCUUGCUUGGGCUCAUAAUUACUGUACUAUAUCUGAAAGGACAGUUGCGAUGA